AAGGCUUUUCCUUGGGCUUUGCUCCUCAUAACAUUCCCCCAUUCUCCACUUCCUCCCCCAUCUUCCUUCUUCUCUCAACUAAAUCCUUCCUCUCCUGGAAAACUCGAGUCUUGAGCUUAGCCUAAAAAAAAAAAAAGACUCAAACUGAUCAAGAUCAUAUUUCUGGUGUUCUUUCUAAAGCUUUUGAACGCCGAACACAAGCCUCCUCCUAUUUUCUCUCUUUCAAGAAACUAACCCUAUGUAGUUUCUAUCUCUGAUAAAUACAGUACAUGCAAAACCGUGAAAAAGUUUCCUUCUUCAGAAUGAAAAUAAUGCUCGUGGAUUAAGUCAUUAUUUCCAAGCAAACCCGCUUCUAGUUUUCUUUUUCAACCCUUUUGUCCUUUGUUUUUGUUACUUUCGAAAACAAAAAGAUACUCGACAAACUCUCAUCUCUUAAACCUCUCAAAAACCCAAAAAGAGAUUCAUAGUACUACCACCUCAGAGCUUUCAAAGUCACACUCACAUGUCUACUCCGAUAGACCAAUUACAGCCACCCCCCGGCCUGGAGGCUACCCAAGAAGCCUACACCGCCCACUCUGGCCACGGCUCGGUGGGACCCGUGAUUGCCGUUCUUGCAGUGAUCACUAUUCUUGGAGUCAUAGCAGGCAUGAUUGGCCGGCUUUGUUCGGGUGGGCGGAUAAUGGGUUAUGGACAGGGACAGUACGACUUCGAGAGGUGGGCCGAGAGAAAAUGUUCGUCCUGCCUCGACGGCAGACUCGACCCUCCGCCGCCUCGGUACCCGAUCGAAACCGCCCCCGAAGAACCUAUACCGGUGGCAGAGCCGGUGGAGACCCCACAAGAUCAGAUCAAGGAAGAAGAGGCUCAUCAACAUACACAUGGACACGGACAUGGCGAAUCUUAGACUCACUCUCUCUCUCAAUGUGAAAUGGGUUCUUUUUAUCACUCAGUUUUAUCCUUGUUUUAGCGUUUGACGUAGUUUCAUCAUCGUCAUUUUGGGUUUCUUGUUUUCUUUCGGUAACUUUAAUGGGGCAUGUAACAUCGAUCACACGAUGUAUAUCAUGAUCAGUACGAGAAAUUAUGAGAUUGGUAUUUUUUUUUUUCUUCA